UGCGGCGCAGAGGGUGUUGGGAUUGUCAAAACAAGCCGCAUCCGUCGGUUCGAAGAUUUGACCUGUACAGGCGGAGGCGCCAUCUUGGAAAGUAGGGCUUGUUGCCGUAAUUUCCCGCCGAGAUCUACACAUACAGAACGUAUUUUUAAGUCAAAGUAAAUAGUUUAUAUCACCGCGCUCUUUUUACUUUGUUCACAACAAUACUUUCUCUUCGUUUUAAUAAGUUCGAAUGAUAGAUAUAUGAAACCGCUGGUAUAUAUUUUAGAUAAAUCUUAUGGAUUCGUCUCUCCUUAAUCUUGCCAGAACGUCCAUUGUGUAGUGGUGUUCCCAGAACAGUGAACCAUGUUUUGGAAGUUCGAUCUUCACACGUCGUCCCAUAUAGAUACACUUCUAGAGAAGGAAGAUGUGACUCUGACUGAACUAAUGGAUGAAGAAGAUGUUUUGCAGGAAUGUAAAGCUCAGAACCGCAAGCUCUUGGACUUUUUGGUCCGAUCACAGAGUAUGGAAGAUCUAGUCACAUACAUCACUCAAGAGCCACCAGAUGAUAUGGAUGAGAAGAUGAAAUACAAGUACCCCAACAUAUCGUGCGAACUACUUACAUCAGAUGUAGCACAACUGAAUGACCGACUGGCAGAAGAUGAACCUUUGUUGACACGACUUUACAGCUUUCUGCAAAAUGAGCCACCACUUAACCCUUUGCUUGCCAGUUUCUUUAGUAAGGUGCUAAGCAUUCUUAUCAGCAGAAAACCUGACCAGAUUAUCACAUUUUUACGAAAGAGGGAUGCAUUUGUAAGCUUACUGUUGAAACACAUAGGAACCUCUGCGCUCAUGGACUUGCUGCUCAGGCUAUUGACAUGUGUUGAGCCACCACAGCUGAGGCAGGAUGUUUUAAAUUGGCUGAAUGAGGAAAAGAUUAUUCAGCAACUAAUAGAAAUGGUACACCCGUCCCAUGAUGAAGAUCGACACUCAAAUGCAUCACAAUCAUUAUGUGAAAUCAUCCGCCUCAGCAAAGACCAGAUGAUUCAAAUGCAGAGCUCUCCAGAGCCAGAUCCACUUUUAUCAACGUUAGAGAAACAAGAAACCUUAGAACACUUACUUGCUAGUGUUCUGGAUAGGGAAAAAACUGAAUCAUCAAUUGUGAAUUGCAUUCAAAUAUUUUUGACCUUAUUGGAGACUCGAAGACCAGCUUUUGAAGGUCAGCUAGAGAUUUGUCCAACUGGUAUGAACCAUGCAGCCUUUUCUGUGAGUAAUAGCACAUUACAAGCCAUUAGACAAAGACUUAAAGACUUCCAUCAGAUACUACUUGAGCCUCCUAAGAAAAGUGCAAUGAAAACUACGUGGGGAAUAUUAGAAACACCAGUGGGGAAUACACGGCUGAAUGUGGUCAGACUUGUAGCGAGCCUUCUACAAACAAAUACACUCAGUAUUAAUGAAGAAUUGGUAGAACUUAACACCAUGGAUGUGUUGUUGGAUAUGUACUUCAGAUACGUUUGGAAUAAUUUUCUUCAUGUACAAGUAGAAAUUUGCAUUGCAACAAUCUUAGGAAGCCCUCCACCUCAUGAUACCUGCACAGAAAACAACAUAGAGGAUAAUUCCAAUGCUGCCAGAGAAAAUAUAUUAAUAAAACAUCUAUUUACGAAGUGCCGAUUAAUUCAGAGAAUACUUGAUGCGUGGGAAAAUAAUGAAAAGGAACAUGCAUUGCACCUGGGGGAAGUCAACUAUGUUGGUAAAACUGAUGGUCUGAAUGAUCAGAGUAAUGGAUUUUGUUUAAAAGAAGUCUUUCCAACUUUUUCAGAUCUUAGUGAGGACUACAGAGAAAGAUGGGAGACGUUUACAGCAGGUUCAUUGGCAGAAACCAAUAAGAAGAAUGCAAUCGAUCUGGUUAGCGCGCACAAUAUACAUUCAUCAAGUGAUGAUGAAGUUGAUUUUAAAGAACCAGGAUUUGCUCCAGACUCGGGGUUACAGCAAGCCUUUUCUGAUUAUCAGAUGCAACAAAUGACGUCCAAUUUUAUUGACCAGUUCGGCUUCAACGAUGAGGAGUUUGCUGAUCAGGAGGACAUAGUGAAUGUUCCCUUUGAAAGAAUUGCUGAUAUCAACUUCUCACUGAAUACAAAUGAGAGUGCUAAUGUAGCUCUAUUUGAGGCAUGCUGUAAAGAGAGGAUUCAACAAUUUGAUGAUAGUGGUUCUGAUGAAGAAGAUAUUUGGGACGAAAAGGAUAUAACAUUUUCUCAAGAUGCACAAAAUCGACACAGAAGUUCAGGAAGUACAGACAGUGAAGAAAGUACAGAUUCUGAAGAUGAAGAUGUGGAUAAACGGAAUAAUUCAUUUGUACCUGGGGCCUGUCCAGAUGAUAGAAUGGAAGUGGACACAAAUGAUGCCCCAGGAUGGACUGCAAACUUUGAAGUGCCUAUGGAAACAGCAAAUAUAACUACAGCAAAUUCUAAUGAAGCUACCUUGUGGAGUUCGGGUGACUCAGUGCCACAAGAAACUGGAUGGGCUAUGUUUUCUGAUUUUUCAUCUCCGUUAAGCUCAAAGGAUCCUUUGAGAAGUAGUUCCCCUGUUGAAAUGGAAACCAGUGCAGAUCCAGUGGAUCCCCAUCACAAUAACCUAACACAUCCUGAAGAUUUUGUUGCUACCUCUCAGCUUGUCUGUAAGGAGCAAACAGCAGUGUCAACUGCAUUAAAUGUAGAAUGCGCCUUGUUUGGAGAAGAAGAAGAGGUGGUUACAGACCAAAUAACAGAGACAGUUACAAAUGGCUCUAUGAAAGAAACAGUCAGCCUUACUGUAGAUGCCAAAACUGAAACUGCAGUGUUUAAAAGAGUGUUGAAAUCCUAUUGUGAGGAAGUUAAGUUGUCUACCUCUGAAGAUCUUUCUUCAAAAUAUGUGUUACCAGAAAACUUGGAAACUCCAAAACUGACUUCACCAUCACAGCCUGGCUUGAAGCCUUCUGAAGGGAAUAUGAAAUCUCAAGCAAAAGAUACCUUGAAUGGGCCUGUUGAUAAUGUGACAUCAAUGGAAGAAGUCAAGACAAAUCAGCAAGUUCUGUCACCUGAAGCUUCGGUUAAUGGCCCUGCAUGAUUAAUUCUGUCUGCUGUUGUCUACUCCGGCCUGACCAGCUACUAUCCAGGGGUAUCAGUGGGGUUCACUGGAGGCACUGGGCUUCGGCCAUCAAAGCCAGUCACUGCUGCACUAAUUUCAAAUGGGAUCAGGACCAGCAAUAUUAUCUGAUUUUUAAGAUGGAUGUGCAAAGAAAAGUUCGAAUGAAAUGUAUAAAAGAGGGUAUUACAUGUUGGCAGAUACAAAGAACUCUUGUGUGCAUUUGUAUCAAAUACAUGUUCUUAUAAACGGGAUGAUCAGUCCAUUAAAUAUCUUGCCACUCACGUGAUAAUUAGUAUUGUUGCCAUAGUUAAAUGGUUAUAAGAGUAGAAUAUUUUAUAAAAAUGUGUAUACUUAAAUCUGACACAUGUAAUUGAAGUAUACCAAUUGGAACACAUAGUGUGACCAAAGUGUUUAGAAAUUUUCAUACUUUUUUUCAUCCUGUAUAAAAUUUUAACUUUGUGUUUCUUCCAAGUGGGCAGAGUACAUUGUAGAAGUGAAAUGCAAAUGUAAGUGUUAUUUUGAUUGAGUUGCCUAUAUUAAACUAAUUGCUAGAGAAAAUUCUAAUUGUAAAUGUUCACUAGUGGCUCUUUGCUUCAGGUUUUAUUUGUAAACAUUUCUUGAAUUCUGGAGCAUUGGUAUUGAAAGCUCUUUGAUGGAGUUUAAACAUAUUUGUUACUGAGGACUAAUUGGUUGUUUAGUGUGUCACUGAACAGCCAUAAGCAUGUUCGCCCCUCUGUAUUUUGCAUUUUCAGACCAGUUGUUCAAAUCAAAGGUAAAGAACACGUGAUUAGCCUUGAAUUGCAUGUGGCUUCAGUGUUCCUCUUUGCUAAAGGUCUUCAUUGCCUAAAUGAUUUAACCUAUCUUAAUUUAAUUUUUUAAACUUCAGUUGAACCAACUAACUGAUUUAUUUUUAAUAUAACCCCGGUAUUUCAGUUGGCAGGGCAAUAGAACUUAAUCAGGGUGAACUAAUAUCUGAGCACUUAAUGUAACAUUAGUUUGCUAAAGGUGGCUGUAUUGGUAUGAAUCUCUAAAGAAUGGCAAAGAGCCAUACUUUGAUAGAAUAUGACAAUAACUAAAGUUAGCUCCAACUUUUAAAUUCAGGGAUUUGAAGUGUUAUGUAUGACAGGUUGACUCUUAUUCAUUGGGACCUUAGUGUACUGUUAAUGGAAGUGGCAGCUCGUAUUGGUUUAAGCUAAGAUAAUUUUGAUGAAGUCAUUUGAUUAAAGUGCCUAUGGUACUGGUUUAAGUCAGAAGAGAUUAUGGUGAUGACGCGUGGUAAAUUUGUGGAAGAUACCUUUCACAUUAGAAAAUAAUAUCAGUUCCAGGAAAGUAAAAUGAGAUGUCCAUUCAUCUGUUUGUGUGCUUAUUCUUUGCAGCAUCUAUACUAACUAUAUAUUGUUGGACCCUCUAAGCACCUUAAUACAUUGAGUCAAUGGAAUAUUUUAUGUCAACUUCAUCACUGGUUUUAAAAAGACAGUUUGAGUUUCUAGUUCUACACGUCUGUAUUUGAGAAAAGAAAUCGCCAAACGAAGCAAUGCAAUUUUAUGUGAUCUUACUAAUUGCUUUGGAACAAUUACAUUCAGCUGCCAAGUCUUGAUUCACCACUUAAACUUCUGAAAAAGCUGAUCACAGAUACUUGAAGAUUGGGAUGUUGAGAUAUCUUUAUCAGUAGCAAUCAGUUAAAAUUGAUAGGAUUGUAGUAUACUU